CCGCUGCCCCCGCCUGGGCCUACGAAGCCCGGGUCCCGGCCGCCGCCUCCAGUCCCAGCUGCAGCGGCAGCAGUCCCAGCCUCAAGGCCAGCUAUGAAGAUGGACAUCCCUCACAGUCUGAAUCAGAUAAUCUUCAAAGACAGACAUUCACAGCCUCUCAUCAGCUUCCUGGAUAUGCCACUACUCCUCAAGCAACUGGCAUGCAUUCCUCAGCAACAGCUGAGCUGUUUGUUACAGGACCCUUGCCAACCACUGGAACUCUUCCACCACCAACUCUGUCUGCUUAUCAGCAUCCAGCUGCCUUUAGCAAUAGAAACUUUGCGACCACCUCACCUUUGGUGCUUCAAGAUUCAUCUUUUAACACUACAUCAAAUGGAAUUUUAAACCCUCAUGACCCUUUGCUACAAAUUAAGACUUCCCAGGGAACUGUUCCAACUGCUUUGGCAUUUGAGCGCCUGGGCAGUUCUGCAUUAAGUAACAGCAUACCACCUCAGUCUUCAACGUAUCGCUCAGCUCAAGAGUCAGCACCCCAUCUUUUACAACCUCAAUUUAGUUUGUUGCCUUCAACACUUGGGGGAGUCCAGCAAACUCCUCAAGCCUAUAGUUCAGCUCUUUUUACCAAUUCUGCUGCUUCCAUUGAAAGAGCCCUUCUUCGAGAAUGUAGUGUUAUUAAACACCACCAGCGGCCUUCAGUUACCCAGUCUAUUCAGGCACAACUGACUGGUUCACAGCAUCCCUUACAUAGUUACCUGUCAAGUGCAAGUAUUGGUAAUUUUCAGGAAACAUCCAGGCAGUCGUCUUUAUCCUGUAGUUCAAUUCGAGAUUCUACUCAGGUGAGCAAUGGAGUAUUGCAGCAGAAGACCCCUCAGGUCUCAGCCGAACUUGCUCAGUCUUAUUCAUCUGUAAUUCCAUCGUCAGGGUAUCUUCCUUCUGCUACAAAAGUAGAUAGCUGUUCUACAAAACAACCACUAACAUCAGCUACAAUUCUGAAGCCUCAAAGUGUAAUUCCUCCUGUGCAAACACUAAACUAUUCUAAACCUUUACAUAACCAGAGUUCCGUAAUAUCAGGUCAAGCACAAAUUUAUUCUACAGCACAGCUACCAAGCCUUUUAUCAGUCAGUCAGUCCCAAAAUUAUGGUUUAGUACAGCCACAUAAUGUGCCAUCUAUUGUUCAUUCACAGGUUUAUAGGUCUAGCAGGGUUGAGAAAUUGCCAUCCUUAUACAAAACAUUGACUUUUUCUGGAUCAUCUCAGCCUGAAACCUCUGAAAAUCAGACACUUAGUUAUUCAUCCAAUCAGCAAGAAGUACUAUCUUUAGUUACAAAUGAGAAUUACCCUACUCAAACAAGAGACCUGUCAUCAGUCAGUGAGUCUCAAAAUUAUUCUUCUGGUCACUCUCAGGGUUUAUCACCAGUUAGCCAAACACAGGUCAGUUACUCAUCUCAGUCGCAAGUUUUAUCAGUUGUUAGUCCUUCAGAAAGCUAUGCAUCAGGAGAGUCUCUGACAUUAACAGCUCCUUCUCUUUCUUAUUCUUCUGCCUCUCGUGGUCAGAGCUUGCCAGUGUCUACCCCAACACCAAAUUAUACUUCUAUGCAUUCAUCCCCAAAUGCUCAGACCCAAGGAUCUUCUCCUCCUCAGCCCCAAAAGUUUUUGCCUGUUGUGCAGUCAUCUUUUGCAUCCUCUACUCGUGGUCAGACAUUACAAAGUAACAUACCUUCCCCUGAUCCAAAGUCUUAUGCUGAGAGAAAACUUGACUCAAAUGUGUAUACAUCUUCAAAGCAAGAUGAUUUUCCAAUGCAAAAAUUACAGGCAUUGCAGUCACAAGCAUCCCUUGAAUCAUCAAGCCAAAGGCUACCUGAUGGGGAAGUGAAUGCUCAAGAGUCAGUUUAUAAGACAUCAAAGGCAGAUGAUAGGUAUUCUCAGAGUGUAACCAGAAAGAACUCCCACCUUGAAGAUCAAGUUGUUGGAGUUGCUCUCCAGGGUUCAAAACAAGAAGAAAACAUGGUCGGUUCAAUGACACAACUUAACCAGCAAAGUGGCCAGCCUAAUAAUGGAGUAGCCCCUGAUCUUAAGAAGGCAACUAAUUUAAUGCAAACUCCACAGAUAAGGUUGAAUACUAAAGACCUCAACCAGCAGCACUCUCUCAUGCACAAGAUGCAUGAAGCUAAGGUUCAGCAGCAGCAUGAUCAAAUAAUUAGUGCCUCAUCUCAGAUACAGAUUCCAAAUCAUGCUUUAGGGCAUAGUCGUCAGGCUCUUCCUAAUGCACCAGUCCUUCUAGACUCUGCCUGUGACUUACAGAUUCUUCAGCAGGCUGGGAUUCUACAGGCAAGCCUGGGACAAGCAAAGGCAUCCUUGCAAGUACAGCGUGUUCAGAGUCCACAACAGAUAGUCCAUCCUUUCCUUCAGAUGGAUGGUCAUAUCAUCCAGAGCAACAGUGAACAUCCUCAACAGCAGCUUCAUCCUCAGAAUUCUGAUAUUAUGAAACUAGACCUGCCUGAACCUUCAAAACCAUUGCAACAGCUAACAACAAAGGGCCCCUUCAGUGAAACCAAUCCACAUGAUUCAAAGAAUCAGUUUGUUUCUCUUGGAUCAAUAUGCUUCCCAGAGGCAAUGCUUCUCAGCGAUGAAAGAAAUAUUUUGUCAAAUGUAGAUGACAUCUUAGCAGCCACAGCAGCAGCUUGUGGGGUUACACCUUCUGACUUUUCUAAGUCAGCUGCAAAUGAAACCAUGCAAGAUAUUGAAAAUACUGAUUCGAAGUCUCAUUAUCCGCAGUCAUUAGAUGUCAGGCAUGUAAAUUCAGAUUUUAACUCCAUAACUACAGUAGGAAAGCCACAGAGUAUUAAUGAUAUUUCCUUAAAUAGAAAUCAGGUUAGUGUAAAUCUUUCAUCAGUACCCACCCUUCAGUCAGAAACAGUCCUUGAUCAACCGAAUAUGGAAACACCUAGUCAAAAUAUACCAACUAAAGUACCUUCUGCCAUGGUUGGACUGGGUCAGGAAAUCCAGGAGCAAAGUUCUGACCCAUUCAAGAAACAGUUGACUAUAAACCAUGAGUCUAAAGAAGACAGGGAAAUUGCUGUUGACAGUGCAUUGAAUAAUCACAGAAAUCAAGAGUUUGGCUCUAAUAGUCGGAGCAUAAGUGGAGAGAGAGUGGUAUCAGAGAGUGACUUUACCCUAGUAGGUGAUGACAGUGGUAUGUUAGUGAACCAUAGAAGGAGUACACUUGCACUGCUGGCCAUGUCCCAGCCAGGGGAUGCAGCCCGUGGUAAGACUGAAGAUGAAAAGCAAGAUGUAACGUAUUUUAACCUUCCAAAGGAAAAAGCUAAAGGAAAAGAACAAGGUAAAGAGGAAGAAGAUAGUCAAAAACAGCUGAAAAAGUCUGCUCAAUGCAAGCGACAGAACCCUAGAGGGACAGAUGUGUAUUUACCAUACACUUCCCCUUCCUUAGAAAGCUGCGAUGAAGGUUUCCAGCAUCAAGAAAAGAUGAGGCAGAAAAUCAAAGAAGUGGAGGAAAAGCAGCCAGAGGUCAAAACAGGAUUUAUUGCUUCUUUUUUAGACUUCCUGAAGUGUGGACCCAAGCAGCAGUUUUCCACCCUUGCUGUUCGAAUACCUAAUAGAACCAGAAAAUCAGGAACUCAAGUCACCCGUACCUUCUGUCCCCCACCAUUUGCAAAGACAUCACCUGCAGCACAGGUAACAUCUGAGACUGGAGGAGUCAGUCUAUCAGAAAAAGUUGACAAUGAACUUAAAAAUUUAGAACAGUUAUCUUCGUUUUCUUCUGAUGAGGAAGAUCCUGCCACUUGUGGCCACGAUAUCUAUAAGAACACCUCUGCUCCCUUAACUGUGUUGGAUGCUACUUCUGAUAAAACAAAGAAAACAGUUUCAGAAGCUCUACCUGUGGCAACUCCUGGUGCAUCUGCUGAGACUGCUGGUGUUGCUUCCACUCCCUCCACUGUUGUUGGGACAGUUAAACAAGACCUUCAUUUGACUUCAUUAGCUGUCAACACCAUGGAAAAUGCCAACUCCACAGAACUCCCUACAGCCAUUGAACUUGAUAGUCUUCCUUCAGACCAGUUGGCAAAAGGACAAGACACAGUUGCAAUAGAAGGUUUUACAGAUGAGGAAAACAUUGAAAGUGGAGGUGAAGGUCAAUACAGGGAACGUGAUGAAUUUGUCGUAAAGAUAGAAGACAUAGAGACCUUUAAGGAGGCUUUGAAUACAGGAAAAGAGCCCCCAGCUAUUUGGAAAGUACAGAAAGCUUUGUUACAGAAAUUUGUUCCUGAAAUUCGAGAUGGGCAAAGAGAAUUUGCAGCUACAAAUAGCUACCUUGGGUAUUUUGGAGAUGCAAAAACCAAAUACAAAAGGAUAUAUGUGAAGUUCAUUGAAAAUGCAAACAAAAAGGAAUAUGUCAGAGUAUGUUCCAAAAAGCCAAGAAAUAAGCCUUCACAAACUAUCAGAAAUAUUCCAUCUAAGCCAAGUAAUAUCAGUAAAACUUCUGACCCACCAGUAUCAAAAACUACAACUACAAAAGCCCCUUCUACAAAACCUAAAGCUAAACAGCUCAAAAUAAAGGCUGAGCCACCACCAAAGAAAAGGAAGAAAUGGAAGGAAGAAUUUUCAUCAUCACAGUCUGAAUCAUCUCCUGAGGUCCGUUCUAGCAGUAGUGAGGAUGAGGGCUUUGAGACUCAAACUCCCUCCGUCUCCCGGUUUCUGAACACAAGAGCAAUGAAGGAAACGUUCAAGAGUUACAUGGAGUUGCUUGUUAGCAUUGCUCUGGAUCCUGACACCAUGCAAGCCCUAGAAAAGAGCAAUGAUGAGCUACUUUUACCACAUAUGAAAAAAAUAGAUGGGAUGCUGAAUGAUAACCGGAAAAGACUUCUUGUGAAUCUGCAUUUGGACCAGCCGUUCAAGAAUGCUUUGGAAAGUUUUCCUGAACUGACAAUUAUUACUCGAGACUCAAAAGCAAAGAGUGGAGGAUCUACUAUUUCGAAAAUCAAAAUGAAUGGCAAAGCUUAUAAUAAGAAAACUCUAAGGACUUCUAAAACAACCACUAAGUCUGCACAGGAGUUUGCUGUUGAUCCAGAGAAAAUACAGUUAUAUUCAUUGUAUCAUUCACUCCAUCACUAUAAAUACCAUGUUUAUCUGAUAUGUAAGAAUGAGAUAUCAUCUGUGCAGAAAAAAAAUGAAGAUUUAGGACAGGAAGAAAUUGUUCAACUUUGUAUGAAAAAUGUAAAGUGGGUGGAGGACCUAUUUGAAAAAUUUGGAGAACUUCUAAAUCAUGUACAACAGAAAUGCUCCUAACAUUUCUACAGAAUCCCACCUUUUUAUAGCACUAAUGAAGUGUGGAAGGCUAGUGUCACAAAUAAUCCAGUCCUCUGACACAGGCCUCUUGUAGCAUCCCCUGCCAUGGGAACUGUGACCAGACCUUUGCUGAAGACAGUGGUGCUACCGAGGAAGCCAGUCCUUUUUUUCCUAAUGAAUGGUUUCUCUAUUGUGUAAACUGUGGGGUGACUGAAACAUUUAGAAACAUCUUUUGUCAAAUGAUAAAGCAUGCACUAAGUAUAGUUUUAUUGCUAGAGAAAUAAAAUUGACGUGAUCUGACUUUUCCCCCAUGACGUGUCAGAACUAAAGAGACAGCAGAAAGCAUUCGUGUCUGGCCACAGUGCAGAAAGUAUUCUGCUGUGGAAAGAGAUCUAGUGUGUGGCAUCCUGUAUAACAGUGUCUUCAGUUAAAACAUGAGACUCAAGCUGCGCUCUGCUCUGUGGCCUCUUUUAACAUGUCUGGGAAAAGGUGUGGAACUGUGCAAUUCUAUGACUGCUUUUUGUGUCUAGUUACAUUGUGAUGAAAAAAAAAGUGACGUACUAUUUUCCCUGUUUCAAAGAAAAGUAUUUUUGUUUAUAGUGCGUUUUUCCUUUGGAAAUUUUUCAAUUGUACAUUUUAUUUUACUAAUAGUUGUAUUUUUCACAAGAAAAUGUGGUUUUAAUUGUUCUCUCUGUACUUCAUUGUUUUCAGUAAACCCUGUGCAGGUACACGUCACUUGCAUCAUAGAUUCUGUCUUGAAGUGGACAUUUUUGUUCAUACCCUUUAGCCAUAGUAUUACUCAGAAUAUUCAUUCGGUGCUAGAAUUAGUUUAGCUUUAUAAAUGGGACUGUGUGAAACACUGCAUUUAAUUUCAUAAAAUAAAUUUCUUACCAAACUAGCACUUGAUUUAUAACUGAUUUGUCAACAUAAAAAUUAACUAUUGCCAGGAAUAGUAGUGUGUGCCUUUAAUCCCAGCACUUGGGAGGCAGAGGCAGUCAGAUCUCUUUUGAGUUCAGGCCAACCUGAUCUACAUAGUGAACUCCAGGACAGCUAGAGCUACAUACUGAGACCUUGUCCCCCUGGUAACCCCUACUCCCAAAAUUAACUACUGAUACAGUUUGAUGGCCCAGUGGGUAUAUAGGCACUUGUAGCCAAGCUUGACAACCUGAGUUCUAAGACCCACACUGUGUAAUAAGAGAACCAACUUCUGCAAAAGUCAUGUCCCUACAUAGACACAUAUGGAUGAUCAGGCUGUAUGCAGUGUUACACACAGCUUUCCUGGCUCUCAGAACUGGAAGUGGAGUUCUCCUUUGGUGCCUUUAACCCGUAAGCACACUAGUGUAGCUUUCUUAAGUUUGAUAGCAUUUCAAGUGGUUUAGCUGAAACAGUGAAUGUAUUAAGUUCACAUGACCUUGUGUUGUUUAUUUUUGUUGCCAACAGGAUGCCUUGUUUGUGAAGAUUUAAUAGUGUCAUUCAAAACGAUCGCCUUUUUAGGAUUCUGAAGCAGUUGUAAAUCAUCAAACCUUUGUUUAUGUUACCACCAUUUAGUGCCUUACUCCCUAUCUAGAAAGCAGUGUUACUGUCCAAUGCCCAAAUAAGACAUCCUUACAACCUGGACAAACCUGUUGUCUUGACUUUGAGAACAGACAGUUCUUACACUUAAAACUUCAGGAAACUGACAAGAAUUGAAGUUAACAUGCCACUUGGUUUAAGAAUAAAACACUGUUAACACUGGGUUAAAAUGAAUAUCUGAGUUAGGCUUACAUAUUUAUUUCUGGUGAUUGUCUUAUUAAAAGCAAUAUCCUUAGCAUUUUUUACCUGCUGUUUGACUCAGUGGUACCAAGUCAUGGGAAUUUCUCUCCGUGGUCAAAUGUUCCAUUUUUUAAGGUUUUAAAAAACCUACUUUGAGAACAGAAAUGACCUAUUAAUUAGGCUUAUUUUGUGUAACGGCGAUGCUGUUGGCAAGAGAAUCAUUAGAUUUCGUUUUAUAAGCAGAGGAGAGCAAGAAGCAGCCAUAUUCCAUUCUGAUAGUAUUGACCCUGGACACAGUAUCUUUCCAAUCACCAUAGAGCUGAUACACCCCAUAUACCUUUACCUUCAUCUUGAAUUAAAGUAUAAGGUACAUGUUUGAACUUCUUUUUCAUGAAUAAAUCUCUUAAGGUUAAUAUUAUUAAGAAAUGCCCAUUUCUUUAUUUUUGUUUAAAACAGGGCCUCACAAUCUAGCCCAGGCUGGUCUAGAACUCAGUGUUUAGUCCAAGUUGGCUCCAGAUUUAUGUCAGUCCACCUGUCUUAGCCUCCAGAAUGCUGGGAUCAUAGGUGUAAGCCACCAUGCCUGGCUUUCCAUUUCCUUGUGAACUGCAGUUGCCCUCUGCCUGUUCACAGCUGUGGUCGUGUGAACCAUUUCACAUAUAGAAGAUCAGGUCCUGUGAUGCUCCCUCAAAACCCUGCUGUUCAGAUGCAGUUCACCUCUCAUUUAUUCUUAUAGCAUAGGAAGGAUCAGCCUCAGGCCUUAGAGGAAAAUAGCCACAAACCAGUCCGUUCUCUAUAGGAAGCUAAAGAAAUGUUUAGUUGGUUAGUGUUUGCCAGGGAAUUUGAAAUAUAUGCUAUAGGAAAACAUUUAGAUUGUAGACAAAGGUGAAGCACAUGUUGCCAUAAGCUAGGAAAAUGUUAAGAAAGAUUGGAUUCUCCUACCUAUAAAGAUCCUGGAGGGUUGGGGAUGUAGCUCAGUGCUUUACACUUGGCUAGCAUGUCUGAGGCCCUGGACUCCCUCCUGAACUCUCAUCCCUCAAGCACACGUAGAGGUGUGGAGUAAUUUUAUGUAAAAAUUAUUCUGUGUUGAUAUUUGUCACUACUCCAGAAAACUGGUUGCCAAAGGGGCCUCCUUGCCAUUUUGAUAUAACCUAGUUACUACUUGAUCCCUAAUAAAUCUAAAUUUAUGGUGACUUAUCACAGUAAGUUGAACUAGAAACUGUCCAUUUUCCUAUGGUUUUGCCAAAUUGCAAAUAUCAGUAAGAUAGCAAUUAAUCAUAUUUUUAAAUGUUUAAUAAAUUUUCCUAUUUUUUGAAAGUUCAAAAUUUAUUUAAAUUUCUAAAACUUGAAAAUUUAUAGGUGGGGUUACCCAUUAGGACUAUUUUCAAAGCUUCACAUUUUUAAGCUAAUUUUUUUUAAUUAAUUUACUAUUUAUUUUCCUUGAAGCAUAUAGAUUCCAACCUAUGGCUCUUAAGAUAUACCCAUACAGCUGUUUCUGUUUGUGUGUUGGUGUCCAUCACUGGUUCAAAUGAGUGGUUGAAGAAAGGGUCUACUUCCCGUUUUCCUCAGUCCCCUCUCUGGGUACUGAAUCCCCAGUGAGCUCAGCACAGGGGUUACUGAUACAGCUGCGUUUCAGGUGUAGGUAACGAAGCUUAAGUAUUUGCAGAAUGCAAUUAUUUUGGUUUGUUUUAAAUGUUUUAGUUUCAUGGAAAUGCUUUUCAAAUACAGUGAAAUAGCCCAGGAUAUGCAUUAACUCGGAUACACAGCUGUUGACAUCUGUGUUCACAAAUGCAUGUUUUUGAAAAUUACCUCUAUAAAAAAACAACUAAGGCUAAGGAUACAAAAACGUGCAUUUGUAGUCCAGAAUUUUCAGUUGGUCCAUUAUACCAUGUAUGGAAAUGUGAAAGACAAUUUUGUAUAUUUGUUACUAACUCAGAUCAUUAAAGUGAAAACAGUUUUUUAAACAAAA